GAUUCACUAAUCCAGUCACUGCGCAGAGAAAAGGAAAAAUACCCAAGCCACUAUUGGCAGGUGUAACUUCAAACCCAGGGGGACUGUUCGAAUCAGGUUCUUUUCUGAUGCCUCCCUCUCGUCACGAGUCGGGAGAGAUGUUGCUGUUGGAGAAGCAAGGGCGCACCUCGCAGCAGCAACGCAUGCAAGAGAACACAGAAAAUAACCGUACCCAACCUGUUUUGGACAGUCCCGCCAACCACUGCCCAGCCCCGAGCUCCUUACCAAGGCCCCCCAGGUCCUCCCACCGAUCCGGUCUUCCCAGGCGAAUGGGAGACUACAAUCGUCUUCCAGAUAACGAGAUCCCCCAACCCAUCUUUCACUCAGGUCCUGGACAUAUCCCAAAAUUGGCUUUCUCUUCCUUAUUUCAGCGGGGUCUUUGCUGUUUUCCAGGAUUCACUAAUCCAGUCACUGCGCAGAGAAAAGGAAAAAUACCCAAGCCACUAUUGGCAGGUGUAACUUCAAACCCAGGGGGACUGUUCGAAUCAGGUUCUUUUCUGAUGCCUCCCUCUCGUCACGAGUCGGGAGAGAUGUUGCUGUUGGAGAAGCAAGGGCGCACCUCGCAGCAGCAACGCAUGCAAGAGAACACAGAAAAUAACCGUACCCAACCUGUUUUGGACAGUCCCGCCAACCACUGCCCAGCCCCGAGCUCCUUACCAAGGCCCCCCAGGUCCUCCCACCGAUCCGGUCUUCCCAGGCGAAUGGGAGACUACAAUCGUCUUCCAGAUAACGAGAUCCCCCGCAAAAAGUCAGACGGAGGGGAGUCGUUAAGCUCGAAUACUAGCAGCAGAAGAGCCUCCCCUGCCAGGUCGCUCAUACCCCCUCCGAGAAAGCUGGGAGAAUACGGCAGGUUAUCCGAAAGUGGCGGUUCGAGUGCCUCGUUACGUAAGCCGUCUACUAGGGUACGCAGUGGAAGCUCCGGUGGCGAAAGAGACUCAGCUUCAACUCUUAGUGAUAACUCGGCCAGCUCUCUACCUCCUCCCUCGAAAGUACGUCUCUACGGAAGCAACUCGUUGAAGAGGGGCUCCUCUCUAGGAAGGGAUAGUAAGUCUUCCACAGAUUCGAAUACGAGCAAAUAUCGAAUUCAGUUUUAAGGCAGUAAGCAAACGUUUUGUUUGUUUUUCUAGAUCGCAGACGACAAUAUUGACGCAAUAACAGCCUUAUUUAACAAAUAGGUUAGAUUUAAUUGUUACGUUUUAAUACUUAA